AUGUCCCCGCGCAGCGCAGCGCCCGACGCGGCGCAGAGCUACAGCUCCAGGCUGGGGGCGCACAGGAAAACCGGGGAGGCCGCUGAGCUGAGGAAGACCCUCAAGCCGCUGAUGGAGAAGCGCAGACGAGCCCGCAUCAAUGAGAGCCUCAACCAGCUGAAGACCCUCAUCCUGCCGCUCAUUGGCAAAGACAGCUCGCGCUAUUCCAAGCUAGAGAAGGCGGAUAUUCUGGAGAUGACCGUGCAGUUCCUCAAGGAGAUCCCCGCCCCCUCCCCCCCCGUCCCAGACCCCGCCGAGAGUUACCGGGAAGGAUACCGAGCCUGCCUGUCCCGCCUCACCAGCCUGCUGGCAAAGUCCCACCUCCUGGGCAGAGACUCAUGCAGCCACCUGCUGGAGCACCUGCAAAGGACCAGCGCUGAGCCCAGCAGCUGCCAGGACUGCAGCAGCCCCACGGACUCAUGCCCAGCCUGGCGGAGGGCAGUGCUAGUCAGCCCGGCCAGGGGGCUGCGGGAGAUCUCACCCCCUCACCCCCAAGCUGCAAAUCCAGGCAUCUGGAGGCCCUGGUAG